AUGUCCAUCUCCCAUACCACCGAACUCAUGCACGAAACCGACACCCUCAGCUCAUACACCGACCUUAUCAACACCAAGAAUAGCCCUCCGCGCCCCAUGUAUUCUGAAGCUGCACCUGGUACCCAUAGUUCCUCCAAGGUUCAUACUACCGAGGCGGACAAAGCCACUGCAGCCAGCAAGGACGACCGUACUCCUGAGCCUGAGAAAGCGUCGCAGACUGGGGCUUCUAAUGUGACAAGGUAG